CGUUUAAUUUUUGCAAAAAACAUCUACUGUGCGGCGUAAUAUAUUCGGUUUAAUAGUUCAAUUUAAGAUGUCUUAGCCGAGCCAGUGCAAAAAGGUUACUCAACAAGAAUCGAUUGAACGCACACUCGCCACUAGCGUAGCAAAAGGGCACAGCCAUGGCCAUGUCCAAAGUUAUACGUGUGCUGGAGAAAUCCAUUGCGCCGUCGCCCCACAGCGUCCUGCUGGAGCAUCGCAACAAGAGUGAGAGCAUACUAUUUGAGUCGCAUGCUGUUGCGUUGCUAACACAACAGGAAACGGAUGUAAUCCGCAAGCAAUACACCAAAGUGUGUGAUGCCUACGGCUGCCUGGGCGUCUUGCAGCUCAAUGCGGGCGAGAGCACAGUGCUCUUCCUGGUGCUCGUGACUGGCUGUGUGUCUAUGGGCAAGAUAGGCGAUGUGGAGAUCUUUCGCAUCACCCAGACGACGUUCGCAUCGCUGCAGAAUGCGGCGCCCAACGAGGACAAGAUUAGCGAGGUGCGCAAGCUGCUCAAUUCAGGAACCUUCUAUUUCGCCCAUGCCAAUGUCAGUGCAGCGGCCGCCGGUUCCCCAUCAACCAAGUUUGACAUUACGCUCUGUGCGCAACGACGCCAGCAAACCGCAGAGACCGACAAUCGCUUCUUUUGGAAUCGCAUGAUGCACAUCCACAUGUUGCGCUUUGGCAUUGAUUGCCAGUCGUGGCUGCUGCAGACCAUGUGCGGCUCUGUUGAAGUUCGCACUGUCUAUAUAGGCGCCAAGCAAGCUCGCGCUGCUAUCAUCUCUCGUUUGAGCUGCGAGCGUGCCGGCACCCGCUUCAAUGUGCGCGGCACCAACGACGAGGGCUAUGUGGCUAACUUUGUGGAGACGGAGCAGGUCAUUUAUGUGGAUGGCGAGGUCACGAGCCAUGUUCAGACACGCGGCUCAGUGCCGUUAUUCUGGGAGCAGCCAGGAGUGCAGGUGGGCUCGCACAAGGUGAAGCUGUCGCGUGGAUUUGAAACAUCGGCCGCUGCUUUUGAUCGGCACAUGAAUAUGAUGCGACAGCGCUACGGCUACCACACCAUUAUCAAUUUGCUAGGCAGCUCUCUUAUUGGCAGCAAGGAGGGUGAGGCGAUGCUGAGCAAUGAGUUCCAGCGUCAUCAUGGCAUGUCCGCCCAUAAAGAUGUGCCGCAUGUGAUCUUUGAUUAUCACCAAGAGUGUCGUGGCGGAAACUUCUCAGCGUUGGCCAAGCUCAAGGAGCGCGUUAUAGCCUGUGGUGCGAACUAUGGAAUUUUUCAUGCCUGCGGGGGCCAAGUACUCCGCGAGCAGUUCGGCGUGGUGCGCACCAAUUGUCUGGACUGUCUCGAUCGCACGAACUGCGUCCAAACGUAUUUAGGAUUAGAGACACUCAACCUGCAACUGGAGGCGCUUAAGCUGGGCGGGAAGCAACAGAAUGUCUCUCGCUUUGAGGAAAUCUUUCGUCAGAUGUGGAUAAAUAAUGGCAACGAGGUGAGCAAAAUCUAUGCUGGCACCGGGGCCAUACAAGGCGGCUCCAAGCUUAUGGACGGUGCGCGUUCUGCAGCACGCACAAUUCAAAAUAAUUUGCUCGACAACUCCAAGCAGGAAGCCAUUGAUGUGUUGUUGGUAGGCUCUACGCUGAGCUCAGAGCUGGCGGAUCGUGCUCGCAUUUUGCUGCCCUCCAAUAUGCUGCAUGCGCCCACAACAGUUUUACGUGAGAUGUGUAAACGUUAUACGGAAUAUGUGCGCCCGCGAAUGGCACGCGUCGCCGUAGGCACGUACAAUGUGAACGGAGGCAAGCAUUUUCGAAGCAUUGUAUUCAAGGACUCGCUGGCCGAUUGGCUGCUAGAUUGCCAUGCACUGGCGCGUUCCAAGGCGCUGGUAGAUGUAAAUAAUCCAUCGGAACAUGCUGAGCAUCCGGUGGACAUUUACGCUAUUGGUUUUGAGGAGAUUGUUGACUUAAAUGCGUCCAACAUUAUGGCUGCCAGCACGGAUAACGCAAAGCUUUGGGCAGAAGAGCUGCAGAAAACCAUCUCCAGAGACAAUGAUUACGUUCUACUCACGUAUCAGCAGUUAGUAGGCGUGUGUCUGUACAUAUACAUACGACCGGAGCAUGCGCCACACAUCCGCGAUGUGGCGAUCGAUUGUGUGAAGACGGGACUGGGAGGUGCCACUGGAAACAAGGGAGCCGCAGCCAUACGCUUUGUUCUGCACGGCACCUCAAUGUGUUUUGUGUGCGCCCACUUUGCCGCUGGCCAGUCUCAGGUGGCUGAACGCAAUGCAGAUUAUGCAGAAAUCACCCGGAAAUUGGCCUUUCCCAUGGGACGCACGCUCAAGUCACACGAUUGGGUGUUCUGGUGUGGCGACUUCAACUACCGCAUUGACAUGGACAAGGAUGAGCUGAAGGAGUGUGUAAAGAAUGGAGAACUGUCCACAGUACUAGAGUUCGAUCAGCUGCGUAAAGAGCAAGAACAGGGCAACGUGUUUGCCGAGUUUUUGGAGGGUGAGAUCAGCUUUGAUCCCACAUAUAAAUACGAUCUGUUUAGUGAUGACUACGACACGUCGGAGAAGCAGCGGGCGCCAGCCUGGACAGAUCGUGUGCUGUGGCGCCGCCGCAAGGCGUUAGCUGAGACGGACUUUGUGGGCGGAGAAUGGAAUGCAGGCCGACUCAUACAUUACGGACGCUCGGAGCUUAAACAGAGCGAUCAUCGACCUGUCAUUGCCAUCAUAGAUGCAGAAAUUAUGGAAAUUGACCAGAAGCGUCGGCGUGAGGUUUUCGAACAGGUCAUUCGCGACUUGGGGCCGCCAGACUCCACCAUAGUUGUGCACGUGCAUGAGCCGUCAUCGGAGGAGGAUGGACCAACCAUAUAUGAUGAGCAUGUCAUGUCCGCGCUAAUAGCAGAGCUCUCCAAAAUGGGCGAGGUAACACUUGUGCGCUAUGUGGAGGACACCAUGUGGGUCACAUUUCGCGAUGGCGAGUCGGCACUCAAUGCAGCAGCCAAGCGCAGCACCCAGGUGUGCGGAUUGGAACUGGUAUUCGAACUCAAGUCUGCCGAUUGGCAGCAUCUGGUGGAUAACGAGAUUUCGCUGUGCACCACCAACACCAUUCCGCUGUGCGCCAAUCCGGAACAGCAGGCACAACUGGAGCAAGUGACUCCAGAAUUGCCGCAGCGCCCCAAACAGCCUCCGGCGCGUCCACCUGCUCGUCCGCCUAUGCCUAUGUCACCAAAGAACUCGCCGCGUCACUUGCCACAUGCCGGUGUUAUUAGCAUUGUACCGAAGCCAGCUAAACCCCCGAUGCCACCACAGCCCAUGCAGGCGCCGCUGCAGCCGAUCCAGGUUUUGCCUCCGCGUCCGCCUGCCAUGGGCAACGCCGUGGGUGCUGGUACGGGAACGGGUACGGACACAACACCCUCAUCCAAAUCACAAUCGCCCACAGAGCCAGCCUCUCCGCUGCAUGCCACAUCCUCUUCCUCAACCACAUCCUCGGGCAAAGCUUCGCCCACAGCUGGCAGUGCUGAGGCUUCUACAUUGGUCUCGGGACCACCCACGCCCCCACGUCAAGUGCAAAGCAAACAAGUAACGCCCGUCUCAACCCCUACUCGACAAACCAAACAACCGAUAGAUGCGGCAGACGCCGUUUAUGAAACGGCUAGCAACAUUUACGAGGAAAUCCAGGAAGAUGUUCCGGCACCACGACAUCCGCCGCCAGCAGGGCCUCCACCAGUCAUGACGGGUCCUCCCAUGGGUCCGCCUCCCCCGCUGCCCACGCGUCGUGGACCGCCACCGAUACCAAACCGCAGCGGCAAUGCGCCUCCAUUGCCCACACGACCAACAAACAAUUGAAAUUGUCACUGGGCACCAUGCAGUACUUAUACGGCUACCAAUGAAAUCGCAAUACGGUGUCCACUACCACAUCUGAUUACUAAGUUACUUAUUGGCUAAGUUACAUUCCAAGUUGUUGUAUUUACUGUUGAAAAUCUCAAAACUUAUUAUGGAGGAAUAUAUUUUGGCAAGAGUUUAGCGAAAUAUAUAGAGACAGUUCCAAAUGAAUUUAUGUGUAAGCAACAGGCGUAUGUAUUUAUUUGUUUUCGAAGUUGAGAAAAACACAAGUUAUACCCUCAAAUGUUACCACUAUAUUCCAUGUAUUCUUUGUUUCUAUUUACACCCAAUGUAUCACUGGCUAGGAGGAGUACAGAAUGGGUACACUAUUGCACCAAAUAAAAUAAUAAAAAAAUAAAAAUAUAAAUAAUAAAAAAGAGCAAUUUGAACAAAAAAAAAAAAAAUAAAACAAGAAAUGUUAAGCAUUGAAGUACUACUAUACAUAAAAACUUAUGCAUACUAGUCAAAUUAUCAAAUAAUAAAAUGUUACUGUCGAAUAUUACAAGUAAUCAGCAUUAACAACACUACAAGAAGAAAUGGGCUGCAAGUCGCGAGCAUGUAACAACAAAUUGAAGCUAACGUGCCGCUCAUUAUAUACUAGUUUACAAAUAUGCAUCCAUAUACAGGGUGCGCCAUCUUUUAUGUCGGUAUGCAAACAUUGAAUAUCCUUGAAAAUAAACAACCGAUUUUCAAGUAUGAGAUAUUUUUA